UCCAUUCGAGCCGCACUGUGGUCUAAGCACGCAGCCUUGACCGUGCCGGUGGUGCCAACCCGCAGCUCGAUCGUCGUCGUCGUCGUCGGUGACCUUGGAUGCAGUCGCCGGCCGUUCGCGGCGCCCCGCAGUGGCUGCGCGGCCUGCUGUCGGAGGAGUUCUUCGACUCGUGCGGCGCGCACCCGGGGGAGCGCAAGAACGACAAGAACCACUUCUGCGUCGACUGCGCCGCCGCGCUCUGCCGCCACUGCCUCCCCCACGACGCCUCCCACGGCGUCCUACAGAUUUGGAAGUAUGCGUCCUGCUUCGUCGUCCGCGUCGACGACCUAAAGCUAUUCGAUUGCAACGGCAUCCAGUCGCACACGUUGAGUGACCACGAGGUGGUGUUCCUGAACGAGCGCACGGCGAGGAAGCGGUCGGCGAGCGUGGAGAACCCCUGCGCCGCGUGCGCGCGGCCGCUGCCGUCCGGGCACGACUACUGCUCCCUCUUCUGCAAGGUGAAGCAUCUCGGGGAGAGCGAUCAGGGGCUGCGCCGCGCGCUACGCGUGAACCGGAGGAGCGCGGCGGCGGCGGGGGGAGGAGGAGGAGGAGAGGACCCCGCCGUGGCGGAGGCCUCGCAGAGCGGGAAGAGGAGGGCGUCGUCGUCGGAGUCGGGGCGGAGCUGCGGCGGGACGUUGCGGAAGAGGAGCCGGAAGCAGCCCGCGCCGGCUCGGUCGCCGUCGUGUUGAGGCGCGGCGCGGAGGCGUGCGUGGGCUGGGCCGCUGGGCUGUUUGUUACGGCCGGGUUCAUCGUUCAUGUAAGCCACACGGGUAGCGGCUGAGGCCCCGUUUUUUCAGAUUAUUUAUAGGAUUUUUUGGUCUAUGGUAUU